AGCGACACGGGACUCAAUGUUGCCUCAUUUAGCCACAGUAGCAAAUCCUCAGUACUAAAUUUGUGACCUAGAUUUUCACUAGAGAUGUGGUUAAGUGUUACAGGCGGGCGUGUAGACGUAUUUCUUUUCUUCGUGUCCAAAAAGGACAAGUCCUGGAGCUAACUCGCGGCGUAUUGGGGCGUUCAGCCUACAGCAAAACUUCUGCAAAGACUUUAUUCACACUUUAAAUUCACGCAAAAAUCGCCAAAAUGGAGCUUCACGAAGGUGCAGCUGCAACCGGAGACAGCGUGCUGGACUUCUCCCGUUUGAAUCUGAACACUUUUAGCGUUGAAGGCAUGAGCGAAGAGAGGAAAAGGGACACCAAACAGCUCUACCUGAACUACAACCGACUACCCUCGCUACCCGCGGCGGUCAGCCUUUUCUGCAACCUCGAGUUUUUGGACAUCAGCAACAACGGACUGUCGGCCAUCUGUGAGAGCGUUACGCGGCUGACCAGGCUGAAAACACUCAUAGCCAAGAACAACCGCCUGGACGAGUUUUCGCUGCCGAAAGAGUUUGGCUCUCUGCAGCUGGAGGUGUUGAACUUUAGUGGGAACCGAUUUGAGGAGAUCCCGCUUCAGUGUAUGAAACUGCUGCGUCUGCAGUCGCUGUCGCUCGGCGGAAACAGACUGAAAAGUAUACCUGCAGAGAUAGAAAAUUUAACCAGUUUGGAGCUGUUGUAUCUGGGUGGAAAUCACAUCACAGCCAUUCCUCCCGAAGUGGCUAACCUGCCCUACCUCAGCUACCUGGUCCUCUGUGACAAUCGCAUCCAAAGUGUCCCCCCGCAGCUCACCAGGCUCCACUCGCUGCGAUCUUUAAGUCUCCACAACAACCUGCUCACUUACCUGCCGCGGGAGAUCCUCAGCCUGGUGCAUCUGCAAGAGCUCAGUCUCCGUGGCAACCCGCUGGUGGUGCGUUUUGUCAAGGAGAUGACCUAUGACCCCCCUUCACUGCUAGAGCUGGCAGGACGUACUGUCAAGAGCCGAAAUAUUCCCUACUCCCCUUGCGACCUCCCGUCAAACCUGCUGCGUUACCUAGACCUGGCCAGCAAGUGCCCCAAUCCCAAGUGUGCCGGCGUCUACUUUGAUUCAUGUGUGCGCCAGAUCAAAUUUGUGGACUUCUGUGGAAAGUACCGGCUGCCCCUUAUGCACUACCUGUGCUCUCCAGAGUGCACCUCUCCCUGCAGCUCCAACCCCCAGAGCGACGCAGAGUCAGAGGACGAGAGCAGCGUGCCCGCUUACCGCCUGCAGAGGGUGCUUCUGGGAUAGUACGACAGGGAGGAGCCUCUGACCCUCUGGACAAGACCGGCCUUGUCAGUCUGUCACUGUGUUCAACUUUUUUACAGAGAGGAACUUGGCUGUCACACUUAAACUCACAUACUCGCAUCCAUAUCUCACACACAAACACACACACAUGCACGCACACAAACAGUAAUACUGUUGACAUUCAGCUUCCUCCCGUGGUCCUGAAAACACAUUCACUGCAUUUAAUGGAACUUUUCGCAGAGGAAUCCAUUGCCUCUCGCACCCCACAUUACACUGCAUAAUAUGAGUCAAGGACACCUCACAUUUCCCAUGUAGCCAUGCAAAUUCUGCAGUCUGUCAUUCAUUACUCCAUCAAAGUGCAGGUCUCAUGGUGGAGCAUGUGAGGGCAGUAAAACUCAGUGAAGACUGAAAGAGCAGCAGGUUACUUUUCCUGUUUCAGGGCAGCAGACUUUACCUUUUAUACAACACUUGGUGCUUUUUAGUAGCAGCAGAAUAUUAUUCUACAUUUUCUUAAAGAUUGGAUUUGAACAAUAUGUUUUUUUUGUCCAGCUACUGCUGACGCACAACCAGCUUUUGUUUAAAAUUUCUCAUACUAGAUGAGCAUCAAAGCUGCUAUGCCAACCAGAAAAAAGGGGAUUUAGUUUGUUUUACGCUAAAGUAGUCUAAAUUGACUGAGUACAAUGUGUGAGAUGGCCUUAUUUACACUGUGUGUGUUUCUGCUCGGGUAAGGUUUCGUGCAGGUACGCUGUCACACACAAUAUUAAAAGAUCUACGUUAUCUGGUUUUGUAAGAAGGGUGUAGCUGCAGAGCUCUAGGUUCAAGACCCUCAAGCUUGGAGAUCAAAGUCUGACAUUGUGUACGCACGUCAGAGACAAUCUUGAGGAUACAAUAGCAUGCAAGGAAGAUAAACUAGGAAAAAAUGAAUAUUAAAUAACCAAAUAAAUAAGCAAUAACCCCUGUAAACACCUGGUGACUGUCACACCCCCCUUUCAUCCCUGCACCUUGUGAAAAUCAUGUUUUUACAAAUUUUUUGGACAUUAAACUAUACUGAGUAGAAUUACCAGUUGGAAAUCGCUGCAACAACACCUAUUUUUCCACCUUAAUAAACACAAAAACUCACGUGAUCUUCCACCAUGGGCUCGAGGCUGGGGCUCUGCAGUGUGACCCUCAUUGGUUUUUGUCAGCACCACAGUCAUUACACACCAGCCUUAAACAUGUUUGUCAAGAUGGCAUGGUUGUUUUAAAUCGAUUCAGACUAUGAGUUACGUGAGUAUGUGGAAGAAAGUUUGUCUAGGCUUACUUACAGGAAGCUGACGUGGGGCGGACCAGGGAAAAACAUUCACUGUGUUCACACAGAAACAAUAGCUAUUCAGCGAAAAACAGUGGCGGCCUUCAUGUUUAUGUUCAGGGCUGUUGGUUUUCUCGGGGCACAAGAGUUUAUUUUGUGUGAAUGGAGCCUGCAGUCAGAUAUUUCUUUCAGAAUUGUUUUUUUUUUUAGACAGAAACUGUCAUUUCUAACAGGAAAUGGCUGUUUCUGUUCCUGGUUACAUCUCUGCUUCGUCUUCCUUCUCGUGUGGAAAGCUGUGAGAUUUUAAAGCCUCUCUGACAGGUUGUAUCCAUUAGUGAGGAGGAAAAACUCCCCCCCGGCUUCACAUUAGACCUUAAUGUUUAGAAAACAGAAGACCGCUUCUCUAUGUUACAGUAAUCUCUACUAGAGCAUUUAAGUGCCUUACUAAUGGUGACUUCUAACGCAGUGAAACUGAGUUUGAAGAAAUGUGAUAUAUGUACCCUGAAAUGUGACAAGAUUAACAUUACGAAUUCUAAAGUCAUUUUUUGAGUGAUUUUUGUACUCAUCAGCUAACAGCAGUAAAAAUAACCUUUUUAUAACAAAAUGAGAUGCUUUUAUAGAAAUCCUUUUUCAAAUGUUAAACACUAGGGUAUGUAUUUAAAUGACAUACAGAAUAGAUGGCACUUAAACAGAAAAUAUAUUGAGAGAUAUUAAUUGUAUUUACUUGUACCCAAUUCAGAUAAUGUAAGUAAACUGUACAGGAUAUAAUAACAAAAAUAAAGACAGAUUGUAAUAUCUUUCA